AAUGUGCCGAUACUGCAUGUCAUGCAUCGUGGAUCAUGGAACAAAUCGGUUAUCAACUUGUUACCUAAGUGACUUGGUGAAUUGAAUCGCAUAGGUCGUUAUAUAUAUAUACUAGUGCAUGGUUCUGUAGUGCCUUGUAAUGUAUGGUGCUACUGCAAUGCAGUCAAGGCGCCUCUCUACUCUGACAUCAACCCUACGACCAGUUACUCCCGGCGACAUUGAAAGAUUCAUUCCUCUGACAAAAGCGCCACUGAGACGGGCUUGUCGCACUCUUAUCUUACGACGAACACUGCAUUUUAAUCUAGGACAAGUGAGAAAGUCGCUUUUUGACAAGCCAUCGCAAUUCGCAGGUGCAUUAUAUGGUCGAUUUAAUCACCUGGUCAUUCGUCAAGGCGCUGCAACGAUCGGCAACUUGACGAAAAAACUUGGAUCGUUGCCUGCUUCAGCACACACACUUCCAGAUAUCCAGACGCGUAUAGACGAAUUCUUCCAGCGUGCCGAUGAAUUCUAUCCGUCCGACAAGAUAAGGGAAUGGAGGAAAUCUGUGGAUAGCGUCAUCAGCACGGCUACGACACUCUACCAAGUCGUCAAAGAAGCUGCAGAACAACGCAGCAUUCCUCUCUACACCGUAUCAAAAGACCUCAGAGACACUUUCAGUGUCUCAUUCGAAGAGCAUAAAGAACAGUUUCCAUCACCUGACGAAGCUCCCGGUCAUGAGAAACGCAUGACCAUGAUCAACACGAUUCUUGACCGCGUCGAGGAGUGUUUCCUGCAGGUCGUCUGCAAGCUUGGAGUGAGCAGGGAGUCUCUCUCAAGUCUCACAGGUUCUCUCAAGUCUGGUCUUAAACAUAUUCUCGUGACCAUUGGGAACAUCGACGAGCAGCAUCCAAACCUCGUGCGGGCUAUCUCGCGCAUUGUCAUUAGCAUGCCAUUUGCUGAUGAUGACCUGGGGUUUCUUCUCGCGAUUCUUCAUAUAGUUGGCUUUAAAGCCUUGAGACCAAAGAAGGGUGGAUUUGCUGCAUGGUUGCGAGGGUGGUUAUUUGGCCCUGCCGUGCCAAAGAACAGCUAGUUCUUUUUGCUUCGGCGCCGCGUCCUGAUGGGAAGAGCACGGCUGGUGUGAGGUUCCGUAAAUGUUUAGUCUAUGACUGAAACCCUUGAGGCCUGUUACGUUUCUACAAAUUGCAUACGCGAGCAAUCACAGACACCAAAUGCCGCGCAUAACUUUUCGUCGAAAAUUCUGGUAUUAUUCAAACGGUCAAAAGUCAGUACAAGAAGGAGCGGCGGUGA